AAGUGACUCUGGAGCGCCACCGCCAGCUUUGCACGGAGAAACGCGCCCUCAGAUUUGAGCGCCCGGUCGGGUCGCGCACGCGGUGCCCGGGUGGUGCUUCCACGCGUGUGUGCAAAGCGACAUGUCGCACCCGUCCCCACAAGCUAAGCCCUCCAACCCGAGCAACCCCCAGGUCUUCUUUGACGUGGACGUCGGCGGGGAGCGAGUUGGUCGAAUUGUUUUAGAAUUGUUUGCAGAUAUUGUACCCAAAACUGCAGAAAAUUUCCGUGCAUUAUGUACAGGAGAAAAAGGCAUUGGACCCACAACUGGGAAACCUCUUCAUUUCAAAGGAUGUCCUUUCCAUCGAAUUAUUAAGAAAUUUAUGAUUCAGGGUGGAGACUUCUCAAAUCAGAAUGGAACAGGUGGAGAAAGUAUUUAUGGUGAAAAAUUUGAAGAUGAAAACUUUCACUAUAAGCAUGAUCGCGAGGGUUUAUUGAGCAUGGCAAAUGCAGGCCAUAACACGAAUGGUUCUCAGUUCUUCAUCACAACAGUUCCAACCCCUCAUCUAGAUGGGAAACAUGUGGUGUUUGGUCAAGUGGUUAAAGGAAUAGGUGUGGCGAGGAUACUGGAAAAUGUAGAAGUAAAUGGUGAAAAACCUGCCAAAUCGUGCAUUAUUGCAGAAUGUGGGGAACUGAAAGAAGGUGACGACUGGGGACUAUUCCCGAAAGAUGGCUCUGGUGACAGUCAUCCAGAUUUCCCUGAAGACGCAGAUGUGGAUUUCAGAGAUGUAGAUAAAAUUUUAUUAAUAACAGAAGACUUGAAAAACAUUGGAAAUACUUUUUUCAAGUCUCAGAACUGGGAGAUGGCCAUUAAAAAAUACACAAAGGUUUUAAGGUAUGUGGCUAGCGCAAAGGCUGUCACUGAAGAAGCAGACAGCUCCAGGCUGCAGCCUGUGGCCUUGAGCUGUGUGCUCAAUAUUGGUGCGUGUAAACUGAAGAUGGCAGAUUGGCAGGGAGCAGUUGACAGUUGUUUGGAGGCUCUUGAAAUAGAUCCAUCAAAUACCAAAGCACUGUAUCGCAAAGCUCAAGGAUGGCAAGGAUUAAAAGAAUAUGAGCAAGCUUUGAAUGAUCUUAAGAAAGCUCAAGAGAUAGCGCCAGAAGAUAAAGCUAUCCAGGCAGAACUGCUGAAAGUCAAACAAAAGAUAAAGGCACAGAAAGAUAAAGAGAAGGCCGUAUAUGCAAAAAUGUUUGCUUAAUAUUCACUUUUGCCUGAGUAUUAUGCAUAGGUUAAGGCAGUAAGACAGUGUAAGAGUUAUGGCUGUAUCUGAUCUCUGCGUUUUUGACACUUCAAUUCCUCAUUGUUUACAGGUUAGAAAUACUUUCUCUUAAACAAUGUUACAAAAUGGCAGUGAAGUUGAUCUUUUAUAAUUGUUUUCUGCACUUUUACAGAGAGUGGUGUGCAGCCUGGUUUUAAAUUCCUAAGUCCUAACUUGUUGAGUGAAUAGGUACAAGCUUGAGUUGUGUAUGUAUAUAUUGUUUCUCAUCUGUAAUGUAUCUGGCAAGUCUGUGCUGGUGUUUAUACUUGGAGGUACUACACAGACCACCUAUCCAGGAGCUGGCACACUUUGCUGCAAAAGGCCAGACAGUGAAAUGUUUAGGUUUUGUGGACCAUCUAGUCUGUCACAACUACUUCAGCUCUGCAGUUGUAACUAGUGUAACUUCUUAGUCUUAGACCACGUGUAAGCAAUGGAUGUGGCUGUGUUUCAAUAAAACUUUAUUCAUAAUAAGUGA